CCGACUUCGAUUAGUUCCAGCUAUUGCUUCGCUUGCGCAACGCGCUUCGCUUGACAUGACGUGGCUGCAGAAACUCGAGGAUUUGGAGGAGUCAGGGCUCUGCGGCGUGCGUGUGCAAAGUUUGAGGCGCUUCGAGGCCGAACCAAACAGUGGCAAGGAAGGGUCCGUCCAAUGGCAACAGACCAUGGGGAGCAUGACUUUGACCUGCCCCUUGGUGCAAGGCAAUCUCAAGGAGGAGGAUGUGGUGGUCCAAGCCUCGAUGUGUCAGCUGCAGGUGCUGGUCCAAAACAAGCCUUUGGCCGGUCUCAAUGGCAUGCUCUAUGGCACCGUGCUGCCGAAGCUCUGUGCGUGGAGGUUGGAACGAGUGGCAGCGCGACGUAUGACACGUGGGAUUGAUGAAGCCUAUCAGAGGACCACGUUGCACAUCCAGCUGGCGAAGCGAGGACAUCGGAGCUGGCCGCAGCUGUGGUACGCCAAAGAGAUGAAACAUCCUGCCGCCAGGAGUGGCUAUGCAUGGACUCCUGCCAUGGAGGCUGCUCAGGACACUGCUGAGCGUACGGAGCUGGUUCCCCUGCAUCAAGGAGUACCUCAAAGAGAACGCGAAGGUGGAGGUUUGCUCUUUGCCCCGGAUGACUUGUGCAUAGCUGUGGACACACUGCAGGACGCUAAGAGCAUGACGCUGCGGGUGCACUUCGAUGCAGAGGCUUUGGAGGUGGCGCAACGCAUCGUACCGCUGGAAGAGUUGCUGGCAGCCGAUGUUUUGGAGGAUCGCGUGAGCAUCUUCUUGCAGUGCGACCCACAGAAUCCCAUCCUCUGGGCGACGUUGAGUGGUCGCUGCGAUCCCAAAGAGAGCAGCUGGAGCAUGAGCACCUGCGAUCGCUUCAGGGAUCGGCAGCAGAACAGCGGAGCGCCAGGUCAUGCUUUGGCCAUCGUGCUGACAAAGCAGAAGGAGAGUCGUGGUGUCUGGGAACAGCCCUUCGCGCUCUGUCUUCAGCAUCCCUUGAUGCUGAAGAACUACGAUGAACUUGCGGAUGUCUCUGAGGCCCUGCGCGCGGACCAGGAGGACGCCACGCAGAGCGCUCGGCUGUCGCCGGAGCAGCGGAAGGAUCUGCAGCGGCGUCUGGCUGAGUGGAGCGAGGAGCGUUUCGAGCUGAUGCCCGGUGCCAAGCUCUUGCCCCGCAGCCCGGAAGUGGGUUGGGCCUUGCGAGACGAGGAGGAAUAUUGAGGGUGUGCAGGUGGGAAGUGAUCUUCCAAUUUCUCACAGCCCACCGAGUGGUACGUCCGGCGCUGCCGAAAGAGA